GAGAGACUCGCCGCACGACGAGAGGAAACGGAAUAACUCGGACAAAGUUUUUGUGGGUUGCAAACAGCACAAAUCGGAUUCGUUUGUUUAAGGUUUUACGUUUCAUCACGAGUGCAAAUAAAAAGAGAGCUUUGCUUUCGUCUUCAAUCGUUUUGCUUCUCUUCACCAAAGCACAUCAAUGAGCCCUCUUUUCACCCAGCCUCGUGUGCGUGUGCGUGUGAUGGUAUUCGUGGCUCAAGCCACUAACUUGUUGCAAGCUGUAAGUUGACAAGUCUGAAAAGAAUCAAAAGUAAAUGUCUCCAAUUCGCCUUGGGUGAGUUUUCUCUUCCUCUCAAAACAAAGCCUGUUCCUGCGGCGAAUCACGAGCGGAGUGCGCAAAGAUCUUCGGCGCUGAUCAAGAGCAUUCAGAUCUUGGAUCACCUUAGAAGCACUAUCUUAAAAUGAAGAUGCUCAUACUUUUACUUUAAGCGAUUACAUUUACAAUUAAUAUAAGGAGAUAGGUCGCGUGCUAUGCAACUGCCAGUUUGUCAAGUAUUCCGUGCUCCAGCUUAAUGUUGACAGCGUGUCCGUGUUCUCCUCG